AUGCGUUUCUCCGCCGUCGCUGCUACCGCUCUCGCGGUCAGCCCUGCCAUUGUUGCCGCCGCCAAGGGCACCAUGGGUUUCGCGCUCGGCACCAAGCAGCCCUCCGGAGACUGCAAAACACAGACCGACUACGAGGACGACUUUGAUGCCAUCAAGAGCAGGUCUGGUGCGACUAUUGUUCGCGGAUACUCUGCUUCUGACUGCGAAUCUGCCAAGAAUAUCAUGCCCGCUGCUAAGAGCAAGGGUUUCAAGGUCGUCCUUGGUAUCUGGCCCGACGUCGAAGAAUCUUUCCAGAAGGACCUCAAGGCCAUCACCGACGUCGCAAGCACCUAUGCUGACUCGAUCUACGCCGUCACCGUCGGCUCCGAGACCCUCUACCGUGGCAACUUCACCGGCCCCGAGCUGAAGGAGAAGAUCAGCACCGUCAAGGGCAAGCUUCCGAAGGGCAUCAAGGUCGGAACCGCCGACUCCUGGAACAAGUUCGCCGACGGCACCGGCGACGCCAUCAUUGGUACCGCAGACAUUAUCAUGGUCAACGCCUUUGCCUUCUGGCAGGGCGCCUCGCGCGAGAACGCUACCCACGUCUACCUCGACGACAUGUACCAGGCGGUCACACACAUCGAGAAGGUUGCCGGUGGCCCAGACAAGAAGCCUGAGAUUUGGAACGGCGAGACUGGAUGGCCCACCGUUGAGGGAACUGACUACGACAAGGCUAAGGGUGGACUGAGCAAUGCUGAGCACUUCUACCAGCACGGAUUCUGCUCGCUGCUUGACUGGGGCUUCAACGCUUUCUACUUUGAGGUUUUCGAUGAACCCUGGAAGCCGGCUUCUAUUGGUGACAACGGCAAGGCUGCGGAUGAGACUGCUUGGGGUGCUAUGACUGCGGACAGGAAGACGAAGUUCUCGCUCAAGUGCUAA